AUGAGAAACCUUGAUGACGAUCUUCACAACAACAACCAACAACAACAAGAUUUGUUCGAAGAGGUCUUGCAAAUGUAUGGUAGUAGUACGGAGUGUGAGGAUUUAGUGUUAGAUUUUACAUCAUCGGAUACGAACGGAUUGAUGAAGAGAGUAGAGUCGUAUCUUUCUAGUGGAAGCAGUUGGUAUAAAAAGUUGAAGGUUGAUAAGGAUAUGGAGAGUCUUGAUUCGUUUGGAAUUAAUGAGGUUUCCGACGAAUUGGAUGAUGAGAAGAGUGAUUGUUCCUUUACCAAUAGAUAUGAAGAAUCGUUGAAUUGGGAAGUUGAUAAUUAUGAGGACACAUUUGAUGAUUAUCAGAAUGUAGCUAGAAAGGAAAAACCUUGUUGUAAAAAGUUUUCUCCUCUCAUCAGAAGAACAAACAUUAAUUUAGAGUUCCUAGAUCCUUCUCAAUGUAUUGAGGCUUCUUGUAUCGGCUGUUCUUCAUUGGAGCGAAAGACUUUGAUUGUUUCGACAUUGUUCAUUGCAUGUGAAUCAUCAUCUGAUCAUUCAUCCACAUCAUCAUCUGACUCUCAUUUGAAUUCAUCAUCAUCAUUAUCAUGCAAUGUAUCUUAUUCGGCGAUGGACUCAUCCAAUAGAGUCCUUCUUGUACAUUCAAAAGUAGACAUCAACAAGGAGACUGAAAAGCAACGGCUGAUAAGAUCUGAAAUUUUGAAAAUAUCUUCAAGUUUAACAGACGCUUUUAGAGCAUCAUCUACAGGUUCUUUAUUAAGGAUUCCGGAUAUUAGAGUACUUUUUUGUAGAUCUGACUUGGUGUUGGAUCAAGGAUUGGCAAAUAGAGUUGAGUUUUUAAAUUUUGGAGAGAACACUGAUUGGAAUGAAUGGAUUGAUGAAACAUCUCCUAUCAUUAAGCAAAUAAUAGAAGGAUCAUUGAGAGAAUUGGAUACUGAGCAUUCAUUAAGGCUGUUCAGCAUGGUGUCAAACUAUGUACACGACUAUUUUGGAAAUUUUAAUAGUAUUUAUAACUUGAUUAGUUCAUUUACAAACUUUGACUGUUGUAAUACUGAUUUUAUAAUAGCUCAAACAGCCAUUACAACAGCCAAGAUUAUGACCAAGGUGAAAGAAUUGGCAACUAAAAAGGAAAUUGAAUACAAGGACACAAUCUCCAAGAUUGAAACUGAAAGUAGGACCAUCAUCAGAAAAAAGAAUAAGGAAAUUGAAAAGCUUAAAAAACAACUGAACGAAUUCAAAAAGAACUUCUACUCUACAGUUGACUUGACCGAGAAGGCAGAAAAGAAGCAGGAAACCAAGAUUAUUGAUCUUUCAUCGCAUCUCAUAGUUAAUUCAAAACAUGAUUCAAUGAAUAGAAAUGAUCAAUGUGGACCAAAAUCCAUCCUACUACUUCCACCCUUACGUUUAUGUUAUCGACAAGUUUAG